AAAGGCUAAAUACUAAGCCUUACCUGAAUCAUUCAUUCAUUCAUUCAUUCAGCCUUCCUAAUACUUAGCCACAUCUAUUGCAUGCUCUCUUCUUCAUCUCCUUCUUAUUCUCUUCUUUCAUUCAUCUCUAAAUCUCACAAACACCAAACCAAACUCUCUCUCACACACACAAUAUAACAUCAACAACAACCUUAACCUUUUCAAAAUACAUCUUUUGUUAUGGCUGUUGAUGCUAGUUACAUGAAUCUAUUGCCUUCUAGCCAUUUACUCGCAAACAGGGAAAUAAUCAAAUCUAAUCAGCAUCAUUAUCAACAACAACAACAACAACAAAUGUUGAACUCUGAAUUAUACAAUGUUCAGAUGGAUUCUGCUUCUGCUGUGCCUCUUCCAACAACAAUGCAUGAAUCUAUGUUACCAUUUUAUCAAUCCAAUGUUUGUGAUCCAAACAGAGCUGAUAGUGGUCUUACUUACAACAAUCCUCUUCAAAGAAAACGUUCAAGAGAUUUUUCAACUGAAUUGGUUUCUCUACCACCUCAUCAAAAGAAUAGAGUAAUCUCAUCUGAAUCAUCAUCAUCAUUUGUUGAUCAAGUUCUCUAUCAAUUUCAGAACCAGCAAUCUGAUAUUGAUCGCAUCCUUGCUCAUCAUAAUGAGAAAGUGAGAAUGGAGUUAGAGGAACAAAAAUUGAGGCAAUCAAGGAUGUUAGCAUGCAUGAUUCAAGAGACAAUAGCAAAGAAACUUAAAGAAAAAGAUGAAGAGAUUCAAAGAAUAGGGAAGCUAAAUUGGAUGCUUCAAGAAAAAGUCAAAAGUUUAAGUGCUGAAAAUCAGGUUUGGAGGGAGCUAGCACAAACAAACGAAACCACAGCCAAUUAUUUACGUAACAAUUUGGAACAAGUUAUGGCACAUGUCAAUGAGGGACAUCAUCAUGCCGCGGUGGCCGAGGAUGACGCUGAAUCGAGUUGCGGGAGUAAUGCUCCGGCUGACGAAGGUGAAGACACCGCGGCGACUGUCGGUGGUGGUGGUUUGGUUAGGAUGUGUAAGAAUUGUGGGGUGAGGGAAUCAGUUGUGUUGUUAUUACCAUGUAGGCAUUUGUGUCUUUGCAAUGUGUGCGGGUCCACUGUUCGUAAAUGUCCAGUGUGUGACUCUGGCAUGGAUGCUAGUGUGCAUGUUAAUCUCUCUUAGGACAACAAAUUUACAUUAGGGUUUAGUUUAGGCCAUUACAAAUCAGACAAAAAAAUUAGGGUUAGUUUUUUAGUUUUUAUCAAUAUGUUAUUACAGUUAGGAAAAAUAAAUAAAUAGAUAUUAUAAAUCUUUUAUUUUUUUAUGAAUAGAAAUAUUUUAAUUUGUUUAUA